AUGGUGCACCUUCAAACCAUCAAGCCCAAGGACGACGUGAACAAGAUUGUCGACGGCAUCAAAAAAGUCCACCUCCAACUGGCCAAUGACGACGACAGCUUCACCACGAGCGUCUACGGCUCGCGGUUUGCCGCCCAGGAUCUGCCCCGGCACGAGAUGCCCGAGCAUGAAAUGCCUAGGGAGGUCGCCUACCGCAUGAUCAAGGACGACCUGAGCCUGGACGGCAACCCUAUCCUGGCUUCGUUUGUCACGACAUUCAUGGAAGAUGAAGCCGAAAAGCUCAUGGCCGAGUCCUUUUCCAAAAACUUCAUCGAUUAUGAGGAGUACCCCCAGUCGGCCGACAUCCAGAACCGCUGUGUUUCCAUGAUCGGCCGCCUGUUCAACGCCCCGGUCGGCUCUAGCGAUGCCGGAGCCGUUGGCACGUCCUGCGUCGGCAGCUCCGAAGCGAUCAUGUUGGGCGUGCUGGCCAUGAAGAAGCGCUGGAAGAACAAGCGGGUGGCCGAGGGCAAGCCGACCGACCGGCCCAACAUCGUCAUGUCGUCGGCCGUGCAGGUCUGCUGGGAGAAGGCGACGCGCUACUUUGAGAUCGAGGAGAAGCUCGUCUACUGCACCGCGGACCGCUACGUCAUUGACCCCGAGGAGACGGUUAACCUGGUCGACGAGAACACCAUUGGUAUCUGCUGCAUCCUGGGCACCACCUACACGGGCGAGUAUGAGGACGUCAAGGCGGUCAACGACCUGUUGAACGAGAGGGGACUCGACACGCCCAUUCACGUUGACGCGGCCAGUGGUGGGUUUGUGGCGCCGUUUGUUGUGCCCGAUCUCGAGUGGGAUUUCAGGCUGAACCAUGUCGUCUCGAUCAAUGUGUCCGGGCACAAGUACGGUUUGGUCUACCCCGGUGUGGGCUGGGUCGUCUGGCGUAGCGCCGAGUUCCUCCCACAGGAGCUCGUAUUCAACAUCAACUACCUGGGUGCCGACCAGGCGUCGUUCACGCUGAACUUCAGCAAGGGGGCUAGCCAAGUCAUCGGCCAGUACUACCAGCUCAUCCGGCUCGGGAAGCACGGCUACCGCGCCAUCAUGAGCAACCUGACGCGCACGGCCAACUACCUGUCCGACUCGCUUGAGGCGCUCGGUUUCGUCAUCAUGUCCAAAAAGUCGGGCGAGGGCCUGCCUCUGGUCGCCUUCCGGCUGCCGCCACAAGAGGGCCGCAACUAUGACGAGUUUUCUCUCGGCCACGCGUUGCGAUCGCGGGGCUGGGUUGUCCCGGCUUACACGAUGGCGCCCCACACCGAGAACCUCAAGAUGUUGCGCGUGGUGGUCCGCGAGGACUUCACCAAGAACCGGUGCGACGCCCUGAUUGCUGAUAUUAAGCUCAGCCAGCAGCUGCUCGAGGAGAUGGACCGCGAGAGCAUCAAGAAGCAGCAGGACUUUAUCCAUAAGCACCACACGGCGAGCGGCAAGGCGCCGCAUAACCACCCCAAGUACCGGAAGGAGAAACACUCGAUCCAGGGGAAGACCGGGAAGACUCACGCCAUCUGUUAA